CGGGCCACCCGAAGCCUAGUGCUGGGCCGGGCCGGGCCGGGGUGGGUGGGGGCCCGCCCGGCCCGCCCAUGGGCUCAGGAUGCCGGUGCGGAGGGGCCACGUCGCUCCGCAGAACACCUUCCUGGACACCAUCAUCCGCAAGUUUGAGGGCCAGAGCCGCAAGUUCAUCAUCGCCAACGCUCGGGUGGAGAACUGCGCCGUCAUCUACUGCAACGACGGCUUCUGCGAGCUGUGUGGCUACUCGCGGGCCGAGGUGAUGCAGCGGCCCUGCACCUGCGACUUCCUGCACGGGCCGCGCACGCAGCGCCGCGCUGCCGCGCAGAUCGCGCAGGCCCUGCUGGGCGCCGAGGAGCGCAAAGUGGAGAUCGCCUUCUACCGUAAAGAUGGGAGCUGCUUCCUCUGUCUGGUGGACGUGGUGCCCGUGAAGAACGAGGAUGGAGCUGUCAUCAUGUUCAUCCUCAACUUCGAGGUGGUGAUGGAGAAGGACAUGGUGGGGUCCCCGGCUCAUGACACCAAUCACCGGGGCCCCCCCACCAGCUGGCUGGCCUCAGGCCGCGCCAAGACCUUCCGCCUGAAGCUGCCCGCGCUGCUGGCGCUGACGGCCCGGGAGUCUUCGGUGCGGGCGGGCGGUGCAGGUGGCGGGGGCGCCCCGGGGGCCGUGGUGGUGGACGUGGACCUGACGCCCGCGGCGCCGAGCAGCGAGUCGCUGGCCCUGGACGAGGUGACGGCCAUGGACAACCAUGUGGCGGGGCCCGGGCCGGCCGAGGAGCGGCGCGCGCUGGUGGGCCCCGGCUCCCCGCCUGCCAGCGCGCCCGGCCCGCACCCGUCGCCCCGGGCGCACAGCCUCAACCCCGAGGCCUCGGGCUCCAGCUGCAGCCUGGCCCGGACGCGCUCCAGAGAGAGCUGCGCCAGCGUGCGCCGGGCCUCGUCGGCGGACGACAUCGAGGCCAUGCGCGCUGGGGCGCUGCCCCCGCCGCCACCGCGCCACGCCAGCACCGGGGCCAUGCACCCCCUGCGUAGCGGCCUGCUUAACUCCACCUCAGACUCGGACCUCGUGCGCUACCGCACCAUUAGCAAGAUUCCCCAAAUCACCCUCAACUUUGUGGACCUCAAGGGCGACCCCUUCUUGGCUUCACCCACCAGCGACCGGGAAAUCAUAGCACCUAAGAUAAAGGAUCGGACCCACAAUGUCACUGAGAAGGUCACCCAGGUCCUGUCCCUGGGCGCCGACGUGCUGCCCGAGUACAAGCUGCAGGCGCCGCGCAUCCACCGCUGGACCAUCCUGCACUACAGCCCCUUCAAGGCCGUGUGGGACUGGCUCAUCCUGCUGCUCGUCAUCUACACGGCCGUCUUCACGCCCUACUCGGCCGCCUUCCUGCUGAAGGAGACAGAAGAGGGCCCCCCGGGCCCCGACUGCGGCUAUGCCUGCCAGCCGCUGGCCGUGGUGGACCUCAUCGUGGACAUCAUGUUCAUCGUGGACAUCCUCAUCAACUUCCGCACCACCUACGUCAACGCCAACGAGGAGGUGGUCAGCCACCCUGGCCGCAUCGCCGUCCACUACUUCAAGGGCUGGUUUCUCAUCGACAUGGUGGCUGCCAUCCCCUUCGACCUGCUCAUCUUCGGCUCUGGCUCUGAGGAGCUGAUCGGGCUGCUGAAGACGGCGCGGCUGCUACGGCUGGUGCGCGUGGCGCGGAAGCUGGACCGCUACUCGGAGUACGGGGCGGCCGUGCUCUUCCUGCUCAUGUGCACCUUUGCGCUCAUCGCACACUGGCUGGCCUGCAUCUGGUACGCUAUCGGCAACAUGGAGCAGCCGCACAUGGACUCGCGCAUCGGCUGGCUGCACAACCUGGGCGACCAGAUCGGCAAGCCGUACAACAGCAGCGGCCUGGGCGGCCCCUCCAUCAAGGACAAGUAUGUCACUGCGCUGUACUUCACCUUCAGCAGCCUCACUAGCGUGGGCUUCGGUAACGUCUCCCCCAACACCAACUCAGAGAAGAUCUUCUCCAUCUGCGUCAUGCUCAUUGGCUCCCUCAUGUAUGCCAGCAUCUUUGGCAACGUGUCGGCCAUCAUCCAGCGGCUGUACUCAGGCACGGCGCGCUACCACACGCAGAUGCUCCGGGUGCGGGAGUUCAUCCGCUUCCACCAGAUCCCCAACCCGCUGCGCCAGCGCCUGGAGGAGUACUUCCAGCACGCCUGGUCCUACACCAACGGCAUCGACAUGAACGCGGUGCUGAAGGGCUUCCCUGAGUGCCUGCAGGCUGACAUCUGCCUGCACCUGAACCGCUCGCUGCUGCAGCACUGCAAGCCCUUCCGAGGGGCCACCAAGGGCUGCCUGCGAGCGCUGGCCAUGAAGUUCAAGACCACACACGCACCGCCUGGGGACACGCUGGUGCAUGCUGGGGACCUGCUCACCGCUCUCUACUUCAUCUCCCGGGGCUCCAUUGAGAUCCUGCGGGGUGACGUCGUUGUGGCCAUCCUGGGGAAGAAUGACAUCUUUGGAGAGCCACUGAAUCUGUACGCGAGGCCUGGCAAGUCCAACGGGGAUGUGCGGGCCCUCACCUACUGCGACCUGCACAAGAUCCACAGGGACGACCUGCUGGAGGUGCUGGAUAUGUACCCGGAGUUCUCGGACCACUUCUGGUCCAGCCUGGAGAUCACCUUCAACCUGCGAGACACCAACAUGAUCCCAGGGUCCCCUGGCAGCACAGAGUUAGAGGGCGGCUUCAACCGGCAGCGCAAGCGCAAGCUGUCCUUCCGCCGGCGCACGGACAAGGACACGGAGCAGCCAGGGGAGGUGUCGGCCUUGGGGCCGGGCCGGGCGGGGGCAGGGCCCAGUAGCCGGGGCCGGCCGGGGGGGCCCUGGGGGGACAGCCCGUCCAGCGGCCCCUCCAGCCCCGAGAGCAGUGAGGAUGAGGGCCCAGGCCGCAGCUCCAGCCCCCUCCGCCUGGUGCCCUUCUCCAGCCCCAGGCCCCCCGGAGAGCCGCCGGGCGGGGAGCCCCUGACCGAGGACUGCGAGAAGAGCAGCGACACCUGCAACCCCCUGUCAGGUGCCUUCUCGGGAGUGUCCAACAUUUUCAGCUUCUGGGGGGACAGUCGCGGCCGCCAGUACCAGGAGCUGCCUCGCUGCCCCGCCCCCGCCCCCAGCCUCCUCAACAUCCCCCUUUCCAGCCCGGGCCGGCGGCCCCGGGGCGACGUGGAGAGCAGGCUGGACGCCCUGCAGCGGCAGCUCAACAGGCUGGAGACCCGGCUGAGUGCGGACAUGGCCACCGUGCUGCAGCUGCUACAGAGGCAGAUGACGCUGGUCCCACCGGCCUACAGUGCUGUGACCACCCCGGGGCCCUGCCCCGCCUCCUCCUCCCCUCUACUACCCGUCAGCCCCAUCCCUACCCUCACCCUGGACUCACUUUCUCAGGUUUCCCAGUUCAUGGCGUGCGAGGAGCUUCCCCCGGGGGCCCCAGAGCCCCCCCAAGACUGCCCCGCUCGACGCCUCUCCCUGCCGGGCCAGCUGGGGGCCCUCACCUCCCAGCCCCUGCACAGACACGGUUCAGACCCUGGCAGUUAGUGGGGCCGCCCAGUGUGGACAUGUGGCUCACCCAGGGAUCAGGGCACCACCCGGGCCCUUCCCCUAGGAGGCCCUGCUCAGGAGGCCCUGGCCGUGGAAGGGGAGAGGAAGUCGAAGGAACAGCUCCUCCUCCAGCCCUUGGGACCAUCUCCUCCUGCAGUCCCCUGGGCCCCAGUGAGAGGGGCAGGGGCAGGGCCGGCGGUGGACAGGGGCCUGUGGUCCCCCCACUGCCCUGAGGGCAUUAGCUGGUCUAACUGCCCGGAGGCACCCGGCCCUGGGCCUUAGGCACCUCAAGGACUUUUCUGCUAUUUACUGCUCUUAUUGUUAAGGAUAAUAAUUAAGGAUCAUAUGAAUAAUUAAUGAAGAUGCUGAUGACUAUGAAUAAUAAAUAACUAUCCUGAGGAGA